UGAAAUUCGUGUCGUAUUUACCCUCGUGAACGGUUUCGUCCAAAACGUGGGUUUUUGUGGUGUCCCUUUUUUUGUGGAAUGAUCGCUCUCUCAAGUCAAAUGUGGCAACCAGCGCUUCCGGGAAGGGACUUUAUUUUGUUUUUGUUUUGUUCUUUUUUUUUUUUGUUGCUACUCUUGGUCCACUGCUCCCCUGCAAAAUGUCCGCAAUUCCUGCGCAGUGAGCAGUCACCCUCCACACUCCACGUGACUCAUCGAAAUUACCGAAGCGAUCGGCGCUUGGAAGCUGAACCGAUCGUUUGGAACGGACCUUAGCAAUACCUUCCGAUAUGCUCUCGGAACGAAUGUGUCACACUGUGUGCGAGCUGUCUCUCUCUACGUUGCGAUUGCGUGAUUCACCUACCGGCUACGCCAUACAACGCUACUGCGUAAACGGACACGGGAAAAACGUGUGUUUCGUUUCGUAGCUUUUUUCGUCUUUUGUUGUUGUUGUUGUUUCCUCUCAUUAACCGGACAGCGCGAUAGUUCAAUUAGGGCGACAAAAUGAAGCCAUUCAAAAAGAAAUUACUGUGACAAACAACUAAGCAACCACAGCAACACUCUAGCCCCAGCCGCUGCUGCCAUCGGGAGAUGUGUUUUUGGGAAGCGAUAAUCAUGGGCGGGUUUUGUGUCAGAGGCACCGAAGUUUUGUUUGUUAAUGCUCCACAGAGCCCUUUGCUAAUGGAACGGAACCGUGUAUCUACGCCGAGCAAAGCGGCCGGCACACUCUUUCGCCGGUAGAUCGGAAUAAGAUCGAUGUGAAACCAGACGCUUGCCAAACGGAGAGCUUCAAACCGGUGGAAGAAUUAUCAUCAAACGAAACCAAAGUUCAUUGAAUCGGCAUCGGCACCAAAACCAUCGUUUAGCACUCAAAGGCGCGCGAGUGUAUUUAAGCCAUUUUCAAGAUUAAGGAAAGAGCUUUUGAGCAGGACUGUGUGUGUGUGUUUGUGUGUGUGCAAGUAAGAUAAAAGAAGAUCAACAGCAGCUCUCAACAAUGAAGUCAUCCCAACAAAGGGUGACCCUUGGUGUGGGACAGAUCGUGAUGCUGCUGCUGCUGCUGCUACUUGCCGGCGAUGGCGAUACGUUCAACUUAUCGCCAGUGCCGAACUACGUGUUCCGAGAGCCCAACCUGCAGCUGCAUAUGGAAAAAGGUCGAAGUUCAUACUUUGGAUAUUCGCUUAAUCUGCGCCCAGCCGGUGUGAUUGUCGGCGCACCGAGAGCCCAGUCGGAUUUGGCAACACAGCGGAAGGUGAACGAAACUGGUGCAAUCUAUCGGUGCCACUUUGCAAACGGGGAAUGUGCGCCGUACUACUUUGACAAGGCCGGCAACACGAAAGCGGAACAGUCGGACUUUGCGUACAAUUCGGAAAAGAAGGACUUCCAGAUGCUGGGCGCGGCCAUGGAUGGCCAUGGAUCCGAUGGUGACCGGUUUGUGGUGUGUGCGCCGAAAACCAUCAGCGAGCUGGUCGACUACUAUCUGCUGCACGGUAUUUGCUACGUCACAGACGGCACUGAGCAGGAGCAGGAGCCGAAGGAAAUCCGCAAGAUCAUACCGCUGCGUGCCAAAGACAAACAACUGCACAAGGAUGCGUAUGGACAGUACUACAACUACAUGUACGGCGAGCAGGGCAUCAGUGUGCACGUGACCGACGACGGGGAGGAGAUACUGAUCGGAGCGCCGGGUGUGUUCAACUGGCGCGGUACGGUGGUGCGCUACAGACGGCGCGUCAGUGAUGCGGGCGGCCUUAGCCGACGUGACGAUUGGUCUGCCCAGCAUCGUCCAACGAAUCGGCACAAGCGACAGAUCAUUCAAUACGUUAGCGACGUACCAAAUCCGUACUUUAGCACCGUUCAGGACGAUUCCUACUUCGGGUAUGCAGUCGGGUCGGGCGACUUUCGCGGGGACAAGAAGAUUCUGUACGUGGCCAGUGCCCCACAGUCCAGCGGCCAGGUGGGAGACGUGUUCAUAUUCGACAUCAUCAAUGCUGACUCGUUCUUGGAAACGCAAAUCAAGGUGCACUACACGUUUCCCGGGCAACAGCAGGGCGAAUACUUUGGGUACGCACUGUUGGCCGAAGAUUUCAACGGCGAUGGAUUUGCCGAUCUAGCAAUCGCGGCACCGAUGCAUAGCCGUUUCGGCGACCUUGACAACGGCGUCGUGUACGUGUACUGGAACGAAGGGGAACUGAAUUUCCAGCUGCAGGGGAAACUUUCCGGCAGCCAGGAAGUUGCCGGGCGUUUCGGCACGAGCCUCGCCAAGAUCGGUGACAUCAACAUGGACGGAUACAAUGAUAUUGCUGUUGGAGCCCCGUUCGAGGGAAAUGGUGCCGUGUACAUUUUCCUCGGGUCUGUGGAUGGUUUGCAGUCGAAACCGAGCCAGCGAUUAACCGCUCCGGCGAACGAGUUGCUCUCUCCCCAGCCCAUGUUCGGCUUUGCCCUGUCCCGUGGUAGCGAUAUCGAUGCGAAUGGUUACAAUGAUCUCGCCGUCGGCUCACCGAACGAUGAAAAGGUGUACGUGUACCGAACGUACCCGGUGGUAAGGAUCGAUGUGGACGUCACCUCAUCCAAGCGCGAACUAACGCUAGAGGACACUACGUUCGAUUUGUCGAUCUGUAUGAAUGCAAUAUUCGCCACUGGCCAGCAGUUUGAUGUGCAGCUCAAUUACGAGCUGAGCGUCGAUGCACAGGUUGGACGCGUUACCCUGCCCGGCGUGGGUGGCAACAAGCGAAACGAAACCAUCAACGUUACCGGCACGAACGAAUGCCGGCGCAUCGACGUUCGGCUGAAGGCCACAGCAGCCAGCAUCUAUAAGCCAGUGCUGGUCGAGCUGUCGUAUGAGCUGGUGCGCCAGCUGCCCGCCGAUACGGACGCUGGAUUCUGUGCCGAGUGUGCGCUGCUCGACCCGACCGUCCCGAACCGACUCAUCCAGAAGAUCUCGUUCAAAACGGGCUGCCAGGGAGAGGUGUGUGUAUCGGAUUUGCGUCUAUCCGCUCGGUGGCUAGACAUAUCGCCCGUGUACGUGCUCGGCAGUUCGAAGAAAGCGUCGAUAGAGUUUGAGGUGUACAAUGCGGGUGAGAAUGCCUAUUUGCCGCAGCUAAACGUAACCCUUACGCCGGUCCGCUUGACACUGGCUAAAUUGACGUCGGAAUGUCAGCAAACGAUUACCGUUGAGGGAGUUAAUGUGCUGUGCGAUCUGAACAAUGGUUUGCCGCUGAGGUCAUCGCACACCUCCCGAUACACGCUAAUCCUAGACAUGACGAAACUGGAGGGCAGCAGUGCCGAAAUACGGGCCGAAGCUCUGAGCUCCAGCGAAGAGUCGGCGCAGGAAGACAACUUCCUAGAGCAUGUGCUGACACUGCAAGAGUUCAGCGACAUCGAAAUUAUCGGAAAAACGUCCACCUCUGAGGUGUUCCUGGAGCAGCAAAGUGGUCUGCUUAAUAUCACGUACGAAAUUCAGGUCCACAGCAACGGUCCCAGCACGUUCCGUCGGUUGGGCUUUACGCUGGACGUGCCGCUGGUGUAUCACAAGCCCAGCGCUGGCCGAUCGUUUCAGAUUAUCAACCUUAACAACAUCGCUGUAGCGGGCUACUACAGCUACAAAACGCUCGACUACACCUGGACCCAGAACGAAACCAUUCUGUUGCCGAAUCCGAUCGAGCAGGAUCAUAUCCGUCCACCGGUUGUAGACGUCGAGGAGCUGCAUCGCUUACCGAGCGAUUUUGAUCUCCUUUCGGGCGGUGGCGGUGGAAUGGUCGGAUAUCCGGGCGAAAACCAACCGCACGGCUAUGAUCCAAGCUCGGUGGGUAUGCAUCGACGGCGCCGGAACCUGGAUGGUGGCCCGGAGUCCACCUACAACCGCUACACCGGCCAGCUAACCAGCCAUUCGCGAACCCGUCGUAGCUUGUCGAAGGUGAAUGAAGCCAUCGUGCAAGCACUGCCCGGCAAUCGCACCCUGUUCUUCAACUGUGCCGAGGAGGAUUCGUUGAUCGAGUGUGCCCGGCUGAACGUAGCGGUAGACAUCUUCCGUCCGACGAACGUGCCGAUCGUGAUAACGCUGCACUUCCAGCUCGACCUGGACGCCAUCGGUGAGGCGUUCCUCGAGCGGGAAGACAUCUUUGCACUGACGAUGCUAGCCGACGUGCACAAGGAGGGCGAUCCGGACGGUGUCACCUUCCGGCAGGUGCGCAGCAAUCCCUUCACGGUGGUGUACCGCUAUUCCGAUGGCAGCACACCCAUUUGGGUGUACAUUGUAUCCGCGCUCGGGGGGCUGUUGCUGCUCGUUGCGAUUUCGUACGGUUUGUAUCGAGCCGGUUUCUUCAAGCGCGCCACAAAGGAAGAAAUGGAGAAGCUUCAUCGGGAGAGCACCCGUCUACAUGAACCAGAGCAGGUGAACCAAUCACCGGCGGAGGUUAGCACCGAACUGAACUGAAAACCGUUGGCUUUUUUUUACUUUUUUUUGAAAAACACGCAUAGCGCUUAGUAAAGCGUUUCUUUGACACCAAAUCUUAUUAAUAGCUAAGUAUUACAUAGUGGUACUGCUGUACGCGGUAGAGUUGUGUUCGAUUUUAGUGUAUUGCAUAGGUGUAAUGUUCUUCUGCAAAAGAACGUUGCUUGCAGCUUUUUUAGUUUUGAGAGUAUGUUCAAGAAAGUUCAGCUACUUCAGGUAAAAGCAUUUAGCUAAUUCAUUCCUAAGUAAAUGCUUUUACCGCAUGCAGUAAAUGUAUGCAUUUCCUAUAUAUUUCAGAGUGUGUUGAAGCUUUAUAACUUUAGGGUUUAAUGAGCCAGAACAGGUAACUCAUCUGAGCUUGCACAGGCUUAUUGUUGACAAGCGGCGGGCUAGCUAACUUAUUCUUUCGAGAUUUAAGUCUUUACCACGCAGCCGGAUAGUCAAUCCUUGCUACGGAGGUACGGUCCAUUGUAGGCUUGAACCCAUGCUAGCUAACAGAGAUGUGAAUUAAAUGCUGUGCGUCGAGUAUGCGAUGGCCGUAUGAUACGCUAAACGAGGAAAUGUUGGAUAUUUGCCCUAAAAAUCAAUCAUAUUCGAACGGUAAUAUCGAGUACACGCAGCAUUAAUAAUUGUUAUUUGAUACAUGCAAAUUGUGCUUUUGGUAGAUAUUAUCGUAUAACUUGCGUAAUAGCAAAUGCACAGCAGAAUCAAUCCUGUUUUCAAGAAACACAUCAGAAAAAAAGGUGUAUUUUGGUUUCUAGUCAAUACUUUGUAGCUCUGUUAUUAUUGAUUGCUAACUACAAAUCAAGCAACGUAGUAAGAACAAAACUGUGUGAGCUAUAGGACGUUUAGAAAUGUAGUUUAUUUCUUAAAAUAAUAUACGAAAGCAAGAACUAAGACAUACAAUGUUGUUUUGGUGUGAGGUGCGGAAAGAUACGAAAAAAGAUGACGUAAAAACGAACCUGAAAUUGUGGGUUUUAAAUUAUCUUUCUUUGAAAAUAUUCAAAUACAUUAUGAAAUGUGCACUAACUGAAGGUUAAUUGAACUCCCCAACUAGCUAGUAGAUAUAGAUAUCUCUUAUCAAAAAUAAAUUUAGUUAUAUUAUUUUCAGUGAUUACCUAAUAAUUUCACGCAAAGAGCUGUAGAAAAAAUAGGAAAAAACAACGAAGGGGCUUAAGUUUACUAGAAAUCAUAUUUAUUCGUGGAGUAAUUCCAUUUCCUGUCGGUUGGAUGCAUUAAACAUCAAAUUUCUAGUUAUUUUUUGUAGUAAAAUAGAACAAAAAAUACUUUUCACUUUACUUCCAACGAAAGCAAUGGCAAGGCGUGUUAAAUUAUGUAGAAGGAAAAAAAAGUAGAAGUAAGAGUUGGAAGUAGUUUAGUUGGUGAUGCCAAUUUUUCUGUUGGUUUUCUAAUUCGCAUAUUCUGUUGAUUGAAAAUUGAUACAAAUAAAGGUUUUUUAUUGCA